AUGUUAAAUUCGUAUUCAUUUGGAGAAUACUACGAGACGAGCUUGAUGGAUCUCAAAAACCUGCCCUCCAGUUCUUCGGCCUACAGUUCAGUCUACCUUGGAAUUACUAAGCAUAGAUUGACAGGGAGAUAUGCAGUUAAUCUCUGGGACGAAACCAAGGGUAAAAAAGGUACCUAUGAUCAGGAAGCGAAUGCUGCCAGAGCUUUUGAUCUGGCAGCUCUCAGGUAUUGGGGUCCAGCAGCUGUAACAAACUUUCCAAUUAAAAACUAUGAGAGAGAGUUGGAAGAGAUGAAGAACAUGUCAAAGCAAGGAUAUAUUCAAUUUAUAAGGAGGCUAGGUUUGGGAGACAAUCAGGAAGAGGCAGCCAAGGCUUAUGACAUUGCUGCCAUCAAAUUAAGAGGAGAAAAUGCUGUUACGAACUUUGACAGAAGCAGAUAUGAUGUGCAAGCCAUCGUGAACGGCACACUUUCUGUAGGAAGGAAACCAAAGCGAAGUAGAGAUGAAGUAGCAGAUAAGGAAUCUUUUGAAAACAUGGUGUCUCUGGGUACCUCCACAUUCUGCUUCCCUGGGCAGUCCUCAGGUCUUGUUAGAGCUGGUGAUAACAACAGUGUCUGA